CUGCAGCAGGAGAAGGUAGAAUGGGAAAAACUAAACAAGCUAUUAAUGCAUCAUGGCUUGAAACCGGUGAGUCUUGCUGCCCCCCAGAGCUGCAGAAAUAUAUCUGAUAUGAUUGUCUUAGACAGUCAGUCUUCUCUAGGAAUAAGACUUGUGUUACAAACGCUGGUGGAAGACACCGACCGACAGCAGAAAAUGAUGCAGGGGCUCAUGGAGGAUAACCGUUUCCUUAGAGAUGAGAUACGACAGGAACGAGGUCGGGCAUCUCGACAAGAACAGCGGGCUAAUGAUUUGGAAAAUAUGGUGAAAAACAUUAAGUCCAAAAUCUGUCAACUGGAAGAUGAGACGAUCGCUAAAGUUUGCCAGCAACAGAAUCAAGUCAAAGAACUUCAAAAAGAUCAGCAGGUUUCACAGGCAAAAUAUCAACAGCAGCAGGAAAAGCUGCAAGAACAGGAAGAGAUUAUUGCCCGUUUGCAGAAGGAGCUGUGCAAGGUUGGGAUGGAGGAGCAACAGCGUGUUGCCACUCAAAACAAAAUGUUUUGUCGGUUUUGCAAAAGAGCACCCAAGUCUCUCCUGGAUCAGCAGCAAUAUAAAAAAGAUGAAGACCAGGUACAGAGCGAAGUAAAAAGCAAGGAAGAAUUCUUAAAUCUAGAUGCUACUCCUAAUUAUAGAGCACUGCUUACGUCUUUCCAGAAACAACUUAUUGAAACAAAAGCCAGGAAUGAACAACUUUUGCUUGAAAAUAUAAAUCUCAAGAAAGAUUUGGAAAUGAGACCAACUGCACAGGAAUUAAAACUUUGCAAGCAGCAAGUGAAGAAACUAGAAAAAACUUUAAAGAAAACUAUCCAAUCUUCGGGGAGUAGUACCGGAGAAAAAAUAGGAGAAAAGAAAGAACCUGAGAGUAUCACAGGAGUAGAUCAGCUGCAGGCAGUUUGCCAGCAAUACUUACAGGUUUUGUCCCAUAUUGAUUCUAUUCUGCGAAGUCCAAGAGCUCCUCCACUAAUAUACAGGCGAAGUAAAGGGCCAGUGCAAAGUAAUAUUAAAAAUAAUGGACAGGAAUGUGGAUUUGAGCACCUUCCGCUUACCAUAGAAAUGUGGGCAGAUCAGCUGAUGGCCCUGAAGGAUUUGCAUAGGUCCUUGAGAAAACUGUCUGCGGAAUUGGUGCCCUGGCACAGUGCAGAUCCACAGGAUAACAGAGAAGCCAUCCGAGUUGAAGACCUCCAGUUCAUAGCAGAUGCAAUUUUGGAAGAAAUAGAAAAUAAGGAGAAGAACAGCCAGACACCGUCCUUACCAACCCUGUUUGCAAUAGUCUCUCACUUCCAGAAGUUGUUUGACGUGAAUUCUCUGAAUGGUGUUUAUCCACGAAUGAAUGAGGUUUACACAAAGCUGGGGGAAAUGACCAACGUUAUGAGAAAUCUCCAUGAGCUCCUCCAACUAGACAGUUCAGCUCCACCCACUGUGGUGGUGGAUACUGUUGGGAAACUGUGUGACAUAAUUAAUGAGAACGUGACGGAGCAGGUACAGCAGCUUCUGGGGACACAAGACAUCCACAGUAUAAUCAAUAAGCUAGAAGAACACGAGUGCUUCUUUCCACCAUUUCAAGCUCUCAUUCAAGAUCUGCUCUGCCUUCUAGAGAUCAGUAACCUGGACGAUAUUUUACCUACUGUGCGAAAUCUGAAAUUGGUAGCUAGUUAAGAGUUGGUCUGGUUUUCUCUAGCAAGAUGUAUCUUACCUGUCAUGCAUCUGUUGAGGCACAUGACUUUACAGCUACCUCUGUCAUCUGUUACCCUAAUCAACAGUUUCACAUUUUUUGACAUAAAUAAAA